UUUCAUCCUAUAAUUUCAUACUCACUAGUAAGACAUCAGUAAUUAACAUAUGCCGCCACGAGUAGCAACGACAAGGGCAUCCUCGGCUGCUCCUAAAGCACCAACCCGUGCGACUGUCCGCUCUAGGACUCAAGCUCCGACGACGACGACAGAUGAGCUUGCGGACGGGAUAAACAAGCUCGCAAUAUCAAAGCCUGAACCCAAGGUUCGCGUGACGAGGACACAGCCUUCAACAUCCAAGGCAGUCCCCUCCAAGUCGGCAAAACCUACAAUCAGAAGACCUGCGACAACAACUGCAGAGAAAGGAAAAGAGAAAGCGACACUGGAAGACUCGCUGCCAUGGGCCUGUUCGACAGCCAGUGAGAGGCUCCGUCCCGUCGAACGCGCCAUGCAGGCGAUGCAAGCCACUAACGCAUCUAUUAAAGCCCUUGGUGAAUCUGAGAACUCUGGCUAUCGUUAUGGCUCAUCCAAGGGGUCCAGCGGGGGGAACGAAUGGACGGAUGAGAAGGUGGUUAGGUUGGUGGAUACUUGCCUAGUGGCAUUCAGGGUCUUGAGGGAGCUGGAUGGACAAGACGUGAUUGGGGAUAAAGGCGUAGAAGUUGAACGGACUUGUCAGGGUGUGGUGAGCAAGUGUCUGAAUAUGGGAAUGGUUCAUAAAGCUAUGGAAGCGCUCGUCGAGGCUAGGCCUGGUCUACUGAGGCUGUAUAAGGGUUCGAAGGUUGAAGACCCUCCAGCUACUGCGGCCAAGCUGCCCACUACCUCUAGAGCUACUGGUCCUUCAAGGUCGACUGCACGCGCUGCAAGCAAAACCACCACCACCUCAUCGCGCUCAACUCCCGCCACAUCAGUCGCCAAAUCCUCCAAAUCAUCCCUGAAGAGUGAACAGCCAACGAUUUCGGUACCUAGCAAAUGGUUAGAAUUAGCAUGGUUCCCGGCGCCCAUGGAAGGCACAGAGAUGGCAGAGCCGGUGAAGAACCUGCUAUUUAUGGCAAUGGUAUCGGCAUGGGUAGGACUCAUCACUACUAGCAAAGGCUCUGAAGAAGUCCUGGUGAUGAUGCCAACAUCGUCUGCUUCAGCCAAGCUCAAUCCUCUUACCAUCGCUCUUACACUUCCCCUCACUUCCAUCACCCCGCUUCUAUACAGCCUUUAUCGAGCCAUUGACAUUCUCAACCUCCCGCCAGCCUCAUCUUUGAACCUUCGUUAUCGCCAAAUUGCUCUAUACGCUCUAUCAAUGACUAUAUCCUCAUCUCCCCAAUCGAGAAACUCUCCCACCCGUUUGUGGGAAGCUACCCAUCGAGCUAUUUCAGUAUAUGUCCACACUCAACACUCCAACGAGAAUUUGUCAGAGGUAGCGGAAGUCAUCAGUAACCUCAUUGAUUGGGUUGAGAAAAUGGUGGAAAAGCGAGCAGAAAAUGUUAAAGACUGGCAAAGUGGUAAAGGAUGGUUAGAAUUGAUGGAGAUGUGGAUCGCGCUCGGUAGACGGCUCAAUGAUGCCGAUAUCAUCGACAAGGCAUUAUCGCUCAUGACCUCCUCGACUUCAAUAUCUACACUACCUUCAGCCGGGCUUUCAUCUGGCGAAUCUGUCCGUUCGGCCAUCAAGGGAUCACCCGAAGUAGAAGUAGCCAGGAUAAGGGGUAAUCUUGCCAAAGCCAGUGUUAUGUUCGACAAGAUCUUAUCUGGUCAAUCACCGCCAACUCCAAACCAACAGCGCAUCGAUGCCCUUUCUCUUGAAGAUAUCAAUGUCCUUGGACAAGCCGUUAAUAGGUUACCGAACGAUGAAGAAUCUAAAGUUCUCAUUGAUCGAGUCGUGCGAGCCUGGGAAAGGGUUAGGCGAGGGUGUGUCAAGAUUAUCGAUCGCUACGGUAUAGAAGAGAGCUGUAAGGUGCUUGUAGGCGAGGUCGAAAGAUGGUCUAGGGCAGCACUAGACUUUGUAGAAACCGUUGCUGACCGAAUUGAAAUUAAUCCCUCUUUUGCAGACUAUCUCAUUACGGGUAUAAUUGAUACCGUCUGCUUUCUUUCUCAGCGAUAUCUUUCAUCUUCGUCCAUCCUGCUUUCUCGUGGCUAUGAUCUCUACAGACGCGUCAAGAGUUCAACCAAAAUCGUUGACCAAAUUGAUUGGCUUAGAGCUUUGUCAAUAGCAGCGUCCAACGUCGGCGGAAGAAUGUUCUCCCAAGCAAGAAUGGAGGAAGCCGUACAUUUGGCUAACUUAAGCUGCGAAUGGGCUGUUGAGGUUGUGAAACUUGGGAAAGCCGGAGAUUUGGACGAAGAGGGAGACAAAAAAUUACAACAAUUUAGCGAGGGAUUGGCAAAGAGAUGGGAGUUUUUAGCAAGCUGUUACCAGAGACACGGGCAAAAAGAACAGGUCUUUGUGGCUUACAUCCAAUGCCUUGCUUAUCAACCGCCUUCUCUCCUGUCAAACCUCGCUCUUGCAGCGUCUCAAUCUAUUUCGAAAAUUUUUGAGCCCUUCGCGGACUUCAAAAAUUCCCUACUUCGACUUUCUGCUUUCAUCCUCUACGAUCCGAUGCUUUGUAUUGAUUUCGGUCUCUCAUUAAUGAAGGAGAUGACUACGAACAGUUAUAAACCUCAUGAAGUAGGAGCCAUCGGAGAGAAAAUAAUGGACACUCUCGAAGAUGGGGCGUGGAAAGAAGAAGUAGCUCGCAUUGUCUUGGACUUAGGAGAAGGCUUGUUGGAUGUGUAUGGCGCAGCGUAUCCUAUAAGAAGACUUAGGGUCGUUGCGAGAAUGAUGCGAAUUAUCGUUUCGUCUGGUCAACGAAUGUCUAGGUUUGAUUAUUUGAUCCAAGAUGCGGAUCAUCUCUUCGCUGAAACCAACCUCGGUCAUGACACUUCUCUUGGAAUGUACAAAAAAGAACAUUACGCAUAUACUCUUAUCCUCCGCGCUCUGAAAGCCUAUCAUUUCGAGGGAGACCCUACACCAGCAGUGCUUGAUAAUCAUAAACGCUCGAUGGAAGCUUUACGCGAGGUGCUCAUCCCUUCUUCUACUUCUCAAGAGAUCAAGGACGAAGCUAGGAAGAGACAGCCGCUUGGUAGGACUACCACUACAAGAGCGGUUACUACUGGAGAUGCGCCCGCAAGGCCCAUUAGAGGAACCAAGAGAACUGUGUCUGAGCCACAAAAAAAGGCUGCUGGGAAGGCUACGGCGGGCGUGACGGCUGCGCCUGGACUAGUGUUUGAUGAUCUAAAGAAGUUGACAGGACUAUUAGGCGCACUUGCGUCUCUGCUUGCUCUUCUUGGCCAAACUCUGGCUCAGAUCGAGACUCUGAGGCUUAUUCGUGCCUUCCAAAGAGGUCGAGACGAGCUGAUCGACGACUAUGUUCGCCGUUCAUCCCAGCUUGCCACUGAGUACUUCAAGCUCGGCAAGGUCUCUCGAGCUGGAAACAUUUUUUCUCAGACGUAUAAGACAGUUUCAGAGAGCAAAGUGCUGGUAGAUAGUGGUGUCAAAGUGGAGCUCCUGUUGAGAUGGAGCUGUUACUUGGCGGGUACCGGGAACAUUGUCAAUGCGCGAGAGGCAUAUGCCGAGGCCCAAGAGCUUAACAGUGACCUUGAAUCUACCAAAAGCAAGUCGCAUCUGCUCCACGUACAGGUCAUGAAUCGCUGCGACACGUUAGAACGAGCUGCUUGGUCGAGGACAGCCUUUGGUGCUAUCAACGCUGCACAGGAUAACGCUACGGGCGCCAUCAUCCACCUUUCUGCAGCCUUCCGUCUCUGGACUCGUGCAUCAGACGCUAUCUGCCGUAUAGCCGAGAAACAAUCAUCGCCCAAUGCCUCCAUAUUAGACGCCGAAGAUCCCUUCCUUGUCGUACCUAAUCCUAAACGACCCAAAGAUGCAGACGAGCCUGCUAAGGACGAAAGUGGUCCCACUCCUCCUCAAGCCGCCCACUUCAGUGGAAAGCACCUGCAUAACCUACAAUGGCAUGUUGCUCAUGGUCUUUUGGACGUGACAUUUGAGUUGGCUUCAGCUUAUGCCGCAAGAGGAUCAGUAAGGGAUGCUGAAUAUUUCUUGAAAGUAGCUGGAUUGGUCAGUGAGACGAUCAAGAGCGGAGGCAUGGGUGCAAGGGUAGGGGCUAGAGAAGCCGAGUUGCUCUUUAGACUAAGAAAGCUGGAAGCGGUUGGGACUAAACUGGAGAGUGCUGCCGGGCUGUUGUGUGCUGAGGAAGGACCUGAAAUUGUUGAUCUCAUGAGAAUUCAGGGUGACCUAUAUACUGGACAAGGGAUGAUCGAAGAAGCUGGACAGAUGUUCCAAAGUACAUCAAGUGAGAUCGCAGGGCUUGAUUCUGUAUUUGCGGCUGCUGAGGCCCUGUUACCUACUCCCAAAAAGAGCUCAGGGCUCAUCUCGUCGAACAUAAGUGGCAGGUCUGCCAAAACUUUGAGUAAGAGUACUGGUGGUAAGGAGCCUUUGUUGCCAGCGACUUUGGCCCAUGUCAUGAGACAGCAUGCAUGGCUUUUGAGGGAAGCAGGCUCGAAAGAGGAAUGCAUGCAGCUACUUGCCAAGGUAAAAAACUUACCUUCUACCACCCAGAUCAAGGCCGAAGAAUUUUUGCUUCAAGGUCGCAUCGCUUUACAUGAAGCCAUCCAACAGUUUAAAACUGACCUCUUCAUGAGCUCUUUGACUGAAUCAGCUGUGACUAUGCCAAUGGGCAUUCCUGAAAAGAAGAUCAAAGAUCGCCAGUCUGCUAGGCUCAGUAUCCAAGCUUUCUUGACUCGUGCUGAGGAUGCUUUCUUGUCCGCGUUGGACCUAGUAGCGGCUGGGGGUAAAGUAGAAGGCAUCAGACAGGCUUGUCUUGCUCUGGCUUUGUUAAAGGCUUUUCAGACAUCAUUAGGCCAAGGUUCAGAGAGUGUCACAUCUGCCGCUGCAAGUACACUUGCUUCCAGUUCGUCUAUCACGUUACAUCGUGAGCUGCUGCAUGCCAUUGAAACUAAAUUUAUCGAUAUCGAUCAUGGCGAUAUUGAUUGGCCAUCAUUUGACCCUCCAGUUACUGGCAAGCCCAAUGGCGACGAUGUGGAUCUUUCUGACGACCUUGAUGACCAUGAUGGCAAGCUUCGAUCGUACUGGCAAAUGAUUAAAUCUAAGUACGAAUCCAAGCAUAUAUUAGCAGCCGACGCCAUUUCUCUCGAAGACGUCCCAGCCAACUGGGCGGUAAUCACUAUCAACGUGUCAGACGAUCGAAAUACUAUGUUUAUUUCACGCCACCAGAAUGGCUAUGAGCCCAUCGUAUUCUGUCUCCCAGUGGAUCGACAAGGGCGAAGAGAAGGAGACGAUGAUAUAUGGACCUUUGAUGCUGCUGUCGAAGAGCUAGAGACUAUUGUCAAGGCCAGUAACGAAGGUGCUAGAAGAGCCAAGCAUAUCACUACUUCAGAAGGAAAGGCGGAAUGGUGGGCUGAGAGGAGAGCUUUGGAUAAGAGGAUGGAAGAGCUGUGUGUAAACCUUGAGUUUGUAUGGCUCGGUGCUUUUAAGACCAUUUUGAGCCCCAGGAACAGGUUCAGCAAAGCAGAUUUAUCAGAUUUUAGUGAUAGUCUUGACAAAAUCUUUGGGGCUGCUCUCUCGGGCGGGCGAAAUUCAAAGGCGAAGAAGUGUGCUACAAAGCCCCAUCUGGAUGACGCUUUACUCGAAUCAUUUGCCAGUCUUUCAAGCAAGUGCAAAGAAGAAGAGGUAGAGGAUUUAGUGUACUUCAUUUUAGACGUGUAUCAAUUUCACGGUGUUCCUGUUGCUCUGUCAGAGCUGGAUAUUGACCAAAUUGCCCUGGAUGUAAAAGGCGCCUUAGAGAAGGUGGAAACGAAGCAAAACAAUACCUCAAAUGCUUUAGGAGAAGAACAUAUCUUCCUUGCUCUUGACAAGAAUGUUCAAUCUUUUCCUUGGGAGUCAAUUCCAAUCCUUCGGGGGCGCCCAACUAGCCGUAUUCCAUCUCUUUCCUUCCUCCUUGAUCAAGUCGCAAUGGGUAAUCAUCUCCGACCAUCUCUUACUCAGAGCGUCGUAGCUACAGACAAUCAUCUUGACAUUAAGCGUACUGUCAACUCUCGAAGAACUUUCUACAUUUUGAACCCUAGUGGUGAUCUCGCGAGAACUGAAACGCAUUUCAAACCAUGGAUUGAUGAGAUGGUAGAAAAGGCCGGUUGGAAAGGAAUUGUCGGCAGACCCCCCACAGAGAUGGAAAUGCGAGCAGCGCUAAGGGAUUAUGACCUCGUCUUAUACUUUGGGCAUGGAGGUGCAGAACAGUACAUCAGUUCUCAAAAAAUCAGAUCGCUUCCUCAAUGUGCAACGACCAUGCUGUGGGGUUGUUCCUCUGGGCAUUUGAAGGAUCAGGGUGAUUUCGAUAGAACAGGUACAGCUUGGCAUUACAUGGUGGCUGGGUGUCCGUCUUUGGUUGGUAACCUCUGGGAUGUCACUGACCGGGACAUCGACAGAAUUUCAGAGCAUGUUCUCAAGCAUGGCUUGCACCUAGAUGCUGCUCACCAGCCUCAAUCACGAUCCCGUACCAACACGCUACUUCCUCUGUCAGAACUGUCGACGGUGCAAGCUGUCAACAAGGCGAGGAAUGAGUGCAAACUGAAGUAUCUCAAUGGUGCGGCGCCGGUUGUUUACGGUUUGCCGGUGUAUUUGCAUUAGUGUGAAUACCGAUGUAGUUUUGCAGAGAAAGUAUCACCCAUAUUUAUACAUACACACACAAUUAUUAUCUUCGCAUGCAGGAGUCCUCUCCAUGACUGAUCCCUC